AUGUUUAGGUCUAUGUUUCCUGGGAUCAGUCGUGGUGUGUCCACUAGACCGUUGGGUUUUGGCGCUAGUAGAGCUACCACUAGGGUGGCUGCUUCUAGGUUAACCAAUAGAUUUGCCACUAGGAUGUCUGGUGCACGAAUGGCUACCACUACAGCGCAGGCCAAGAAGGAGAAAGGCAUCAAGCUGCUGAUGAAGAAGUACGGCUCUUCAGCACUGAUUGUAUACAUAGGUUUAAUGCUAAUUGACCUGCCGUUGUGCUAUCUGGCAGUACACUCGCUUGGUGAUGAAACCAUUGCGAUUUACUUGAACAGAGCUAAGCGUCUAUUUGGCUACGGGAAGGACGAAUAUGAACUGGUAGACGAAAUGAAUCGCAAGAAACAUGAGAAGGAGGCCAAAGUUCAGUACUCAGAGAGCUGGUGGACUCAGAUGAAGAACAGCCACAUGCUCACAGAGCUGAUUCUGGCUUAUGGUUUGCACAAGAGCUUAAUUGUGGUGCGUAUACCGUUGACUGCAGCAAUUACGCCAUACGCCGCCAAAAUCUUCAAGAAAUACGGCCUAGUUUCCAGGCUAAACUUCACAAGAACCAUGGCUGAUGACGCCAAGAUACGCUAUAAAUAG